GGAGGAGGAGAGACAGAGAAAACAGAUUAAUGAUAAGGUUUUUCCAAGUGAGUUGUCAAGUGAAGUGGAAACUCAGAGUCACAGGUGUAGACUUUCACUAUUUGACAAAAACCAGAAUCACUUGCUUGUGAAGCAAUAUCUCCAAGCUGUACCAAACUAACCAAGUACCAAUGCAAGAUAAGAGACUCCACCAGGAGAAACCCAAGAAAUUCUGGAGGCUUGGCUUUUGGGAAAUGCGAGUAGUGAGUUUGUUCCUUUAAAUAAUCCCCACCAUACACCUGAUUUCUCCCAGAGUACUACUGUGUGGCUGAUCCAGAAACUCCUUCUCUUCUCCUGCUCCCGCGCACUCGCUACAAUCAAGUCGCCAUCAUCAUCACAGCUUCUAUGGAGGCAAGUUCUAUUUGCUGUUUAGUGCUAGCACUGCAGAUAGUGAGUUUGGUUUCUGCAGCAAGCAGGCCUUUUGCACCUAAUAGCGGUGUUGCUGUCAACCAAGCAGUCACAGGACACAGCCUUCAAUCUUUACAAGUUCCACUGGACUCGAACUUUGACCCCCAAUCAGGUUCCGAAAAAGGCAUUAAAACCAAAGAUGGGGUGGCGGGUGGGAUGAUAAUCGAGGCAGCAGCAGGUUAUGCUAAAGGCAUUACUAAAAUCGGGUCCACCCCACCAAGUUGUGAGCACAAGUGCCAUGGCUGCACUCCUUGUGAAGCAAUUCAAGUGCCAGCCAUCAGCAAAACCGGCACCCACCAUUUAAGUGUAAACUAUGCAAAUUACGAGCCUGAAGGUUGGAAAUGUAAAUGUGGACCUUCCUUCUAUAGCCCUUGAACUCCAGAGACAUGCAGUUUGAUUGACUCAUUUCUGCUUAUGUUCGAGAUAAUGAUCACCUUAUUUCUGUACAUAUUUUUCGUUUUCAUAUUAGUUCAAGUGAUCUUUAUGUGAAUUUUAACGUUUUGCCAA